GACGUGAAGCGCGAGUUCCCAGACGCGAUCAUCCACCGGUGUCGUUCUGGGGCCCCGGUCUACAUGACUGCGCGUUUCGUACUCGAAGCGUGCCUGGCAUUCAACGAGUGCUUCAAUGCGCGGGGGGCCCGUCGUCGCCUCUCUGCUCUGUACUCGUCAGCGCUGCUUGACGAAGCGCGUCGGUCCCUCCGGGAGGGGCGUGCGCCAUUGGGGAUUUCGUGGCACAUAUCGACGAUGCCGGGAUGCGCUGCGCUGCGGUCCGUCAUGCUCAAGGGCUUCGCCGGUUUUGUGGAUGCUCGCGUCCGCCAGAGGCAGUUGCUGUGCAAAGGGCGCGGGGUCCGCGUGGACGGGUGCUACAAGUUGGCACAUAUCAUCUACGACAGCGAUGGUCACGUGUCCCGGCCGUGCACGGCCGUCAUCGGCUUCUGCGGGGCUUUGCUGACGCCGCUGCUUCGAGACAUCCGCGUCUGCGGCUUGCAGGCCGGCCUCGCGCUCGACGAGACACUCCCCGUGUUCCAUUCCACAGAUGUGCGCAACGGGCACUGGCUUCAGCUCGCCAAGCUGCACAGCAAGAUCUGGGGCAAUCUCGGCAUUCGGGCCGUUGCUCGCACGCCCAAAGGCCCUGCGACCAGCGCCCAACAGGGUGCCGGCCCGCGCUGCGUCAUCGCGAGGGACCCCGUCAACGACACAAUCAUUUUGAAGAAGGCGACUCGCCACAUGUGCGGCGACGCCUCCGACCUGAAGUACGACCGCAUCGACCUCGUCACGCGGCUUUCGGGCGAGGGCCGCCCCGACGAGCCGAGGCCCGCGCCGCAGCCGGCGCUGCUAUCAGCAGGCGCCAAGCGGUUGCUCCGCGAUGUAGCCGUCGCUGGUUCCGCGCAAGCUGGCGCUCUCAUUCGAGCGCAGCCGCAGGCUGCCCGGGAAGUGCGGGCACUGCUGGAAGCCAGGCGCGCGUGGCGGAGCGACGUCUGGGAGGAGAAGUUUGGGGCAAAACCUCCGCGCGGGACGCUUGCCCGGCUCGCCCGGCGAUUCCAAGCAUGCCUGCGUCGUUUGAAAGGGCCGCAUGGGUGGAAAAGCUUGAAGUCCUUGAAGCGCGAAGCGCAGAGGAUCGAGGCAUGGUACAAACCCGGACGGAAAACGACGACGCUGCGCAGGGGGAUAUGGCGGGCCAGCAGGCCAGCCCUGGUGCGCAAGCCUGGGGCGAAGACGGCGUGGACGGCCAAGGUGCAAAGGCAUUGCCGGCUCCUGCGGAAGAAGCUCCGCUUGGAAGGCCUUUGGCGCUGGCGCCCGGUGGCGCGGACUUUCCACCUCGCCGGCAUUCCGCUCCAAAGCGGGACAGUCCCCGUGGAAAGGCUUCGAUCGGUUUCCGAGAGCAUGGUGCCGCAUGCGGCCCGCGCCAUUUCGCUGCCUUGGUGGCAAUUGCUGUCCAUGCUCUCUUUUCUUCGCAACACCUUCCGUCACUUCAACGAGCACGCGCUGCCGACCUGGAACGAGGGCGACAGCCUCCUGGCAGAGCGCGUGAACUCUGUGGUGACCUUGGCCAGGGCCCUGCACCCAGAGCACGGCUCCGAGAGCGCGGCGCUGACGGCGCUGCAGGAUGCCUUCGCGUGA